AUGUGCACAGAUUUGUUGCCUAGAACGGUCUGUGUUCUGUGCUUAGAGGGCUGAUGAACGCCAGGGGAGAUCUUGACUAAUUCCUGUUUCCUUUGUUCAGGGAUAUCAUGUCCAUUUAUAAGGAACCACCCCCGGGAAUGUUUGUUGUGCCUGAUCCCCAUGACAUGACCAAGAUUCAUGCAUUGAUCACAGGCCCAUUUGACACGCCUUAUGAAGGGGGUUUCUUCUUGUUCCUGUUUCGCUGUCCUCCAGAUUAUCCCAUCCACCCACCAAGGGUCAAACUGAUGACAACGGGAAAUAACACAGUGAGGUUUAACCCCAACUUCUACCGCAAUGGGAAAGUCUGCCUGAGUAUUCUAGGUACUUGGACCGGGCCUGCAUGGAGCCCAGCACAGAGCAUCUCUUCAGUCCUUAUUUCCAUCCAGUCUCUCAUGACUGAGAACCCGUAUCACAAUGAACCCGGCUUUGAGCAGGAAAGGCAUCCUGGGGACAGCAAGAACUAUAAUGAGUGCAUUCGGCAUGAGACCAUCCGAGUAGCAGUGUGUGACAUGCURGAAGGAAAGUGUCCCUGUCCUGAGCCGUUACGGGGAGUAAUGGAGAAGUCCUUCAUGGAAUACUAUGACUUCUAUGAAGGGGUGUGCAAAGAAAGGCUGUAUCUGCAAGGACAGACGAUGCAGGAUCCUUUUGGCGAGAAACGAGGCCACUUUGACUAUCAAUCCCUGUUAACCCGUUUGCAAGGCAUUCGUCAGAAGGUGCAAGAGAAACACCAGCAGGAGAACACAGAAAUAGACUCUGAGAGCAGCUCCUCGGAGACAGAGACAGACGCGCAGGGCUGUUCCCGAGCCUAGAGCCGGGGCAGCGGCGGCRAGGCCGGGGCGCGGGGAUGCUCCGUGUGCGCCGGCUCUGCUGCCCCCGACGCACUCGAGAGCCCGGCGGGCCGGAGCGGAGCAAACUGCGGGAAUCUCCUGUCUCCCUUUACUGCUCCGGUGGAUAAUGCCGAACGAGAAGACGUCAUUCUAGACAAAGCCAAGCGUGUGACAGGCUACUAUUAAAAGGUACUUACUCUGCUAGAACGCUGGAGCAUGUGGCAUCAGGUUAUUUUUUGGAAACACCUACACUGUUUUUUUUUUUUUUUCUUUUUUUUUGUUUUUUUGAUUAAACUAUGAGAUCGAGACCGUGACUCCUCUUUACAGCUUUUCUGUUCCUGGACAGUGAGCCCUUUCCUGGGGCCGUGCUGAGCAUGGAGCUGUAGCCUGGGGAGAGCUUUGAUGAGUCCAGGCUAGGAUAGGGCCCAUGCACCGCGUGGCCUGGGUGAAACCUUCUUGUGCAGGCUGCGAGGACRGAGACCCUCUGCUCCGUGGGAGCCACCUACCUGAUGUCUUUCUUCUAGACACUGUUCUAGACAGACCAAAGAUAAAGAGCAGUGGUGGAAUCUGAGCUCCUUUCCAAAAGCUUUAUUCCCGCCCUGGAUGACUUGGUCCACUGGGACUCCAGGAGCCAAGGGGAGAAUGAAAAGUGGAAGCUGCAGGAAUUCGUAAAUGGAGUGCAGGUGUGUUCACUCUGGCAUUUGRGGGGAUAGAGGGGGAGAAAAAUCAUUGGUCCAGAGAUGGGGAGCACUUAAAAAUAAGUCUAGUUUGUGUAAUUUUUAAGUGUUGAUUUAAAAUUAGUGUUUUAUUUGGCUGCUCUGAAGGGAGCUGUUCUGUUUCUUUAACUGAAGUAUUCUUUGCUUUUCACCCCUCUAGUUAGCCUAAUAUUUUAUUUUUCUCUCCUCUUCUUCCUGCCCCCUCUCUCUCAACUGUUAACUCUGAACUGUUAACUCAGACCCAUCACACUGAAAUGCUAGAAUAAGGGGCAUUUCUAGCCAAGGAAACAACCGUUUUGGGGUGGAGUUUUCCAGAGGUUUAUGCCUCGUUACUGACUGAAAAUUCCUUUGCCAAACUUGGCCGAGUGCAAGCUAGCUGUGUGUCCAAGGUCUAACACUUUGAUGUUUCAAACAGUGGCUUUUUACUGUGAGCGGAGACAAACCUCUUGCUGAGGUGUCUGCUGGCUACGAGUGCCAUUACAUCAAAGAUGUAUUCAGUGCAAAUUAGGUGAAAUACCUCCCUUUUUUGUUUGUUUUUUUUUUUCCCCUCCUCCAGGUAAAUAAGCCUGGUGAUGGUUGUUUGGGGCAGUCAAAUGUUUUGUUGAUGAAGAACUUAAUCUAUUUUUUGUUACAGGAGCUUUGCUAGAAAGCUAAGCACAGAGUUGCACGUUGUCUCAGGCCCUCUCCCACUUCCCUUAUUCCACGUGCU